GUAGGAAAAUGGCGGCGCCCGUAGACUAAGUCACCACGAGAUUACAGAAAUUUUAUUGUGUGCUAAUUAGGUAGGAAUAGUGCCUGUAAGAUAAUAUAUUGAAGAAAUUAGGAGUUGCGGCAUAAAUUAGGUAAUAAUUGCUGUAUGCGUAAACUUAGUCACGUAUUCUUAACAUAUGGUGGUCCAUAUGGGUUAAGAAGAAAUUUUCUGUUUCUUAUACUUAUACUUAUAUUAAAAAAAAAAUAUUUUGACUUUUAUUGCAAAAAAUGUAUAAUUUUAUACCAAUAUUGACAGUUAUAAAAAAUGUAUCAACAACAAAAGGUUUCUCAAUUUUCAAUAUCAUGUCAUUAUUUAUUAUCCUUAUAGCCUUGGCCCUUAUACUUAUAUAGUAUAAGGUGAGGCACUUUGAUGAGAUCCGGGAAAUCCAGAAAAUCGUGAUUUGUUAUCAAAAUGGCGACGUCCACUUUUUAAUUUACAGAGAGCCUUGUUGUUAAGAUUUUAUUGUUAAUUAUAGCAUAGCUUGCACAUUCUAUUCUAUUUGAUGUUUUAUGAUUAGACACUUUUCUUCUAAAAAAUAUUCGAAGUGGAUGCAUACACGGUGUACCUAGCGAAACCAUCGGCUUUUGCCUGCGUAAACCGCGGCGGUGUACUAGCGAAAUCGUGGGCUUUGGCCUGGGUACACCGCGGCAAAAAUGUACCAUUGGCUUGCUUUUAAAAUAUGCUAGUUAGAGAAGAUCUUGUGUGGUCAUGUGGUAGAGUGGCCGCUUGGCGAUAAUAUAUUUUGAGAUCAAUUCCCAGUAGGCUGUAGGGGGUCGAGUUUUUUUCCUCCCAUUUUAGUUUUAAAAUAUUUUGUAGCAAUUUAAAAAAUGUAAAUAUAUGUUUAAGUUUAAAUAUUAUAUUAAAUACACUUUAUAUAUAUAUAAGUGUUUCAACAAGUUGUGCCAGGCUUAGACUUUGAAAAUACCGGUAAAUUUAGUAAUAAGACAUUAGAAAACAAACUUAAAGUUUCUGAAAGCGCAUGUAUAGUGUAUGUAACAUGUUUAAGAGAAACAUUAUGAAAACUAUGUGAUAUUCUAUUGUAUUUCAACAUUCUUAUUCUUUGUGUAGUUGAAUAUUUACAUUUUACUUUUACCAACACCCAAAGAAAAUACCAGUAGUAUAACAUUAAUAUCAUAUGAAUAUUAAUGUCAUUAAUGUGCAUGGUCGUAUUUCAAUCUUGAACCAUCUUGAUUUCACUAUGCCUUAUGCAUUGGCAAAAUGUACACACGAUAUGGAAGGUUCAUUCACAACACUCAGUCUCACAGCAAAUCUUUUGAAAACACCUCGAUUUUAGAAACUUGCGCAUCGGUAGUAAACUGUAUAGCAAAGCCAUAGGUCUGCGUUUAACAUUUUCACGACGGAAUUUGUUUCCAGAAUGGCAUGGCAUGUGCUAUUCUCAGGGUAAAACACGACGUUUUCUCACAGAAACCAUUGCACAAUGGGCUUGGGACAGGAUUUGCGCUAUGACAAAGAUUUUGUAUUUCUUGGUUUUUUUGUUGUUAAGAAAUCGAUCCUUGGUGGAGGGUGGAGGUGAGUUAUGGAUAGAGGCUUAACCAAAAAGGGGGCAUUCACAAAUCACGUCCACAAUGGACGUCCGCACAACAAACUUACCUUCCGGAGGCAUUUUUUACUAAUGUGUAAUGCCAAUGUAAAACUAAAUCAAUGAUAUUUAAUUAUUAUUAAAAGACUUUUAAAAAUCACUGCAGCGUUUCGUAUUUAUCAUCAUACUGUUGUUUUGUGUUGACACUCACUUGGUAUCACAAUGACAAUGCCUUGGACAAUUUAACUUCACGACUUCAUGAUCAAUGUAUGAGUAUGUGAUUCUCUUCCCGUAGUGUAUUUGUGGCGUAACUAUAUCUUGGUGCUAACAAAAUAGAUUCAUUCAUUUUUACACCACGCCCCGAGGGAUCACAUACAAUGUUAUAUUUAUAAUGCCCCCCCCCCUCCCCCCAAAAGAAAACCCAACAAAAAACAACUGGGUGGGGGGAGAGAAUAAUUUCAAAUUAGCUACCCUUUUUAUGCCUAUUAAGAUUCACAAUCAUAUUGAUAAAACUUACAAUUAAUAAAUAUAUUUGAAUAAGGUGGUUAACUUUAAAAAUAAAUUAUGUUUUAACCACACACGCCCAGCCCCCCCCCUUGCAAAAAAUAAUAAGAAAUGCUUUACAAGAACUUUGCCACAUAAGCGUGGAACUUACUCAAUAUCUUUCCAAGGUAAUAAACGGAUUUUAAAUAAAUAGUUUUCAGUUUUAACACGAGUAUAACAUUAAAUCUACAAGUACCGGUUAGGCCAAAAAGUUAAAGACUCGCAAAGACCAUAGUUUUGCUUCUUUAAAUCGCUGCGGUGUAUGCAGGCCACAGACCAUGAUUUAGCUAGGUACACCACCGCUGUGUACGCAGGCCAAAGUCAAUAGUUUCGCUAGGUACACCGCCGUGGUGUACGUAGUGCCGGCCAAAAAUAUUUGAGGUCUUAAUUUUGAAAAUUGAUGGUAAAAAUAAUGGUAAAUUUACUCAUUCAUAUUUUUUUGAUAGAAAGGGUGUCUUUCUUAAAUAAAAAGAAGUCGGUCGAUAAUAGCAUAAAUUAAUUAAAUUAAAACAUAUAAAAAAUUCAAGAGGUUAGGACCCAGUUCAAUGGUAAAAAAAUGCCUACCAAAUUUUUGUUACGUCCACGUGUGUCCCAAAAUGACCUAUUGUCGAUAACGAAUUAAAAAAAAAAAAGUAAAUAACUUGAUUUACACUGGAAAUCCAGCUUAUUACUCCAUAAAACUCAUUCAAAAAUAAAAACAAAUAAUUUAAUAACACAGAUACCUAUUUUAACAACAUAAAUAUUUUUAACUUGUUUUGAUACUUUUAUUGAGGGGUAUUGUUUUGGGGUGUGGGUUAAAAUGAAUUUAUGGAAGUGAUUAUACGCAGUCGACUGCAUAUAACUCAUCGUUAUAUGCAGUUGGUUGGUCACGUGACAAUUAUGGCGAUUACUUCCUCCCGCUUCGCGUCGCUUUGUAGCCAUUAAUAUUAACAGUGUUCUUUGACUUGCCCCGAAACAUACAUUCUGUCCUCUACAACUUCUGGCUUAUCUCAGUACGACUGCACUCUCUUCUCCUGUUCUUGUGACUUCUUUAUGAAAUUCUGUUUGCCUUGUCAAUACAUCUUUGCUCUAAGGUCUGAACUUUGUCUGUCUCUCUGUCACUGUGGUAAUGAAAGCUUCCAAAGCACUGCUGUCAGUUCUUCUCUUAGCUCCAAUGACCACCACAACAUAACACAUGAAGUAUUGCCCGUAUUUUACACACCAGUAUACAUUGGUUUGGGAAAUUGUUUUUUAAAAUAUUGAAAUUGAAAUGAUUUAAGAAUUUUCAGAAUAAGAACAGUUUCACUCAAUUGAAUCCAAUAAGUGCAUGUUAUUAAUGAUCUCAUCACAUCUGAUGCAGAUAAUAAACUAAAUAUUUAAAUGUUACUAGGCCUAUAGACAAAUUAUAUACUUUAUAAUCAAAGUAAUUUUAUAAAUAUUAUUUGAGACUCUCACUGUCGAGACUUUGUAUAUGUUGUGUUGCAAAUCAUCCACUCAUGGCAAUGAGUGUCUAUUCAUCCAGCCAAGUCUCCCACUUGAUCACCGAACAGCACAACCAAUAGUAAUAGUCUCCAAAUCAACAAACACUCUACUGUUCGUUACAAUAUAUAAAUUUAAUAUGCCUCUUCAACAUGACAAUCAGUGUACUUCACUGUACAGCUUGUAACCGUUCAACUUCACAAUAUAUCUAGUUGAAAUCCUCACACAUAGAAACAUCACACAAGAAGCUAUAUCUUAAAAAGUGCACAAGGGCCAUCUCUCUUCUCCAACAACAACAAAAACUAACGCUCACUUCCCAUUACACAAUUACGUCACAACACUCUCACACAAAUGAUACAGCUACAAGUAAAAUCUCUAACUCAAAAUCUUUUCACUAUCAAACAUGACAACAAUGCUCUACACAUAACAACAGUGAUUCUCAUACCCUUGACACUCACAAUUAGUUCAAUUAGUGAUGGUAAUAUUUAAAAAGGUGAUAAGAGGGAGAAACUAAAAUCAGGUUAGGUAAAAAGGAAACAAAGUAAGAGCAAAACCAGAAGAAAAUGACACAUGUCAAUGAUGUUGGCAAGAAGCCUUCUUCAGUGAACAAAAAGUAAAAUCAAUAUAAAAUAAAAAUUAACACUUCACUAUGCUAUUGUAAUGUACCAUCAGAGAGGAUAGCAAUAGUAACAUUUAAGUUGUCAUCAGGGGUCACACAGUUAGUUAAAGAAUGCACAAAUAAAUAUUCUGUUUGGAAUACUCAUAUUAUAUACUUUUACCACUUCUAGUUAACACAAGACAUUUUACACACCAGCAUAUAUUGGUUUGGGAAAUUGUUUGGGAAUAUGGAAAUGAUUUCAGGUGUCACUCAAUUAAAUCUAAUUAUAAAAUAAGUACAGAUUAAUGAUCUCAUCACAUCUGAUGCAGAUGGACUAAAUAUUUAAAUGUAUUAAGCCUUAUACAUAAAAAAUAUAAGCAAAUCUAUCCCUAUCAUUGUUUUUAAGGAUCCGAAUGAUAUAGGAAUGAAUGCACAAAUUAUGUUUAGCUCAUCAAAAUGAAAGGAAAAAAAAAAAAUUUAGGGCCCCCAGUGGCCCCAGGCCCAAAAUGGAAUAUUGUAAAAUGUUAGUAAUAAUUCAGAAAAAUUUGUGGUCGUGUGUAAAACAACUAAAAAAACUUUUAUCGCAAUAAGAUGAAUGGUAUAGGAGCGCAUGCGGCACAUACAUCCAUACAUUUAAUUUUUAAAUAUGUAUCGAUAAAGUUUACAGAAUAAAAGAUAGCUUUUGCGCAACUAUUCAAGGAAGCGCUCUAUCUGUCUGUCGUUCGUAUGGUCUUGUGCUACCUUGGGCAAUACAAAAUAAAAGUAGAUGUAAACUAAAUGAAAGUAGAUGUAAACUAAAUGAAAGUAGAUGUAAACUAAAUGAAAGUAGAUGUAAACUAAAUGAAAGUAGAUGUAAACUAAAUGAAAGUAGAUGAAAAAAAAAAUGUUUUUUACCCCCCCCCCCCCCCCCCCCCCAAGUUUUAAAAUCAGCCCCCUUACUUAUGCAAAAACACAUUUUUGCAUUUCAUAUGCUUUGUUCUUAUUUGGGUGAGUGAUAAGUGCAUUAGGGAAUGCUAUUAGGCUAUGCAGUUUGGCUGUACUGAUUGAAUCAAACAGCAUUUUCUUAUUAAAAGUAUAUUUAAAGGUUCAGUUUUUACUACUUUAUAAAUUUUAUAAAAGUAUAUUUUUGGAAUGAAUAAAUAGUAAAAACUUAAAAAAUGUUAAAGAUAUUAAGCUACAUUUGUAUUUAAUUUUAGCAAUUUAAAAAGCAAUAAUUAUAAUUAUUGAUUUUACUUUUAAGAAGGGAAAGAUACAUUAUCAAUUUUGUCAAGUGCGGUUAUCAAAUCUGAGAUCUUUUAGCUCUGGCUAAAUAGGCAAUUGCUCCAUGACAUCAUUUGCAUGAUUAUUUAGAAAAAAUUAAUUUAAUUUUAUCUCGCAAUAUUAAAAAAGCACUAAAAUCAUAUGAUGUUUGAGUUUUAACUAUUAAUGUGAUUACAGUCUAAUGCUUUGAUAAUAUUUUACAAUUUUUUAAUAUUUUUUCAUAACUUUCAAACACAUAAAAUGCUUAAAAUCGUUCCUUAGUUGAUACUUUAAAUGUAUUUGUAAUUUAUAAUAAUCGUAAUACUUAAAUGUUUACUAAAAUAAAAGCGGAUAUAUAAUAUUUUUUGCGCAUUUAAUUUUAUAUGAUUUCCUUAAAAUAACAGAAAAUAACUAUGAUUGUUUUUAAGAAUCGGAACGUAUUUAAAUCUUCUUAGGUUAUUUGGCAUUACGGUCAGCAUAUCUCAUUCUUAUAUAUAUGCUAAGCCUGUACUGAAAUACCGCUAUUGACCCUAGUUCUCCUUCACUAGAUGUGAAUCUAUGUUAGAAGUUGGUAAUUAAAUUUAUCAGAUGUAAGUUAGUAGUAGGUAAUUUAUAUACUGUACUUUAUUAUUAUUAUCGCUAGGGCUUAACCAGGUGCAGCUUUUUUACUCAGGGACCGGGUGUUUUGAGAAUAUACCCGGUGGGUCCAAGUGUUAUAAGAAAAAGAGUUAAUUUCUCAUUUUCUAUAUUUGCUGAUUAAGAUUGAUUAAUAUUAUAAUCGUCUUUCACAAAGGAAAAGAUUAACCUAUUUAUUGGAGUUUACUAUCUUGCAUGACAGCUUUAUUCCCCGCAGUAUUAAUAAUAUAAAACAUGUAGAGUUGGGGGGGGGGGGUUUAAAGAGCAUGCAAGAAACCACACAUAAAAGAUUUUUUGGUCCUUUGAAUUUUUAUUGCGUCAAUGUAAUACAGCUUUUGGCAGGCAAUUUCCAGGUUUAACCUAUUUAUUGGAGUUUACUAUCUUGCAUGACAUCUUUAUUCCCCGCAGUAUUAAUAAUAUAAAACAUGUAGAGUUGGGGGGGGGGGGGUUUAAAGAGCAUGCAAGAAACCACACAUAAAAGAUUUUUUGGUCCUUUGAAUUUUUAUUGCGUCAAUGUAAUACAGCUUAUGGCAGGCAAUGUCCAGGUUUGAGUUCAGAGUUUGCCUUCUCUUUGAUGAGUUGCCAUCCAAGGUUAACUGGUCCCAUUCACCUGGGAUGCUGUUUUAAAAAAAAUAUUUUUAGUGCUUUUGUUGGGGAUCUAGCUCCAGCCCAUUAGCAUUGGAUUGACACUGUUAAGACCACUUGACAAACGGGCACCCUAUCUAGUUUGUAGAUUGUAUUAUAUUAUACUACCAAUCAUACUAUCAAUGAUACAGUAACUUCUAAUGGCAUACUUGCUCAUACAUUUGACAUAAUAAACAUUAUGAAGGCAUCAGGACUUGAAUUGAAUUAGAGGCAAUAAAAAUUGCUUUUGAAACACGUUCAGUUUCAUAUUAAUGCAAGAUCAACCUCAUUCAAGUAGAGUGUAUUUAAAAUAAGAAUGGAUGAGGGGAUUUGUGUUUUGUUGUUAUCAUGGAUAAUCAGGUGAUGGGGCGUAGAUUGUAGACAUUGUUGUGUUACGUUAUUAUAAAUCUGUCUUCUGUUUCAUAUUUGUCAAGCUUACGGUAAGAAAUACUAAUGAAGUAAAUAAUUUUCUUUUAAAAAUUUUUGUUUCUUUGGAGAUGGGUUGUGUGGCCCUCUACUCCAUUAAAACGGUUGGGCUGCACUGACCUAGCCUAUCAGGGGUUUAAUUGUGCUUAUCAUAUUUAUUAUAUAUAUUUAAGCAUGUAAAGUAAUUUGCAAAAGAUUGGAGCCAAUUCUUAAAAUUAAAAAAAAUAUCAUAAUACUAUGUUUUACUUUAAAAAAAAAAUUAUUUAGUGAUCUAAAGUUUAAGUUUUUAAGACUAUAAUUUUAAAAUUCUUUUUACAGUGUAUCAAGACAUUUUAACAGGUCACAAUGUGGAAAUCAGAGGAAGACUUUCCCCGUGGAAAGCCACAUAUAAAGAAAUCUGAAAACUUAACUAAUGUUGGCAUUCAGAGUUCUGUAAAAUUAACCAAAAGCCAGGUGCGAUUAUAAAAUAUUUAUAAUUCUUAAAUUAAUAUUAAAAAUCAAAGCUUAUUUUUAUAUGGAAUUAGUUAAAAAUAAUUAUGUUAAACUAAAUUCUAAUAAUUUCUUAUUAUGUAAUAAAUAAUAAAUUAAAAAAAUUAAAUGGAAGCUUAUCACAAAUUUGUUGAUUUUUUAACAUUAAAACUGCAAGUAAACAUCUAAAUAUUUUAUUCUUAAAAUUGUUUUUGAAUAAGCAUCUCUCAAAGGCUCUAAAAUAUAUACUUUUAUAUAAUUAUUGAUAUUAGUUUGGCAUUUUAAAAACAAUUAUUUUUGCUUGAAUGGAAAUAUAAUUUUAAUAUGUAUUUCAAAAUAACAGGUAACAAAUAAUGGUGAGCUGGUAUCAAAAAAAAGAAAACAUCCGUCUACCCCAACUAAUUAUAGUAGGGCAAAAUAUCCAAGGAAGGAAGUAAAACAAAAUAUAAUAGAGACACCUUUGCAUCAAGUAAGUAUGAGUAUGACAUAAUAAAUGAUAUCUAAAGAGCAUGCCAUUUUCCUAUUGAAAAGCUAAUAACCUUGUCAUUAUUUUGACUUAAAAAAGAAGUAUGGAAGUCUUUCAUAAGCUAAUUAAAUGAAAGAUAUUUGUUUUUACCGUUCAUUUUGUUUACUGAAUUGUAUUUUCUUUUCUUUUAAGGAUCUUAGUACAGAUCUUUGUGUUUUGGGUUGUGUCAGGCAUGUGUUUGAAUAUGGCGCUUCAGUAUCAUUACCUGGAAAUAUGAUGGCCACCUUACCUAUAACAGACAUAUCCCCAUCAUAUACAAAACAACUUAAAGCCCUCGUUUGUUCUGAUGAUCUUGAAACAGCUGCUGAGGUUAAUUUUUUGUUUUAAAUCAGUAGGAUUAUUAACUUUUCAGAAUCAUGGCCCCUAGAUAUUAGAUUUUUAUAGCAUGGUAACAUUUUUCAGAUCUUAAAUUGUUUAUACGUUAAAAAGAAAAUUGGUUUUAUAUUUCAGGAAUUAAAGUCUGCAGAGGAUUUCUUGAAACCAGGGAUGUUACUGCCUGUAGUAGUUAGAGAUAUCAUUGAGGAUAAACAACAACAAAAAAGAAAAAUCAUAUUAUCUUCAGAUCCAACAAAAAUUAAUACUUCUAUUCAACUUCAAGCUGUUGAAGAUGGUCAGGUAUGUUUAUGGAUUGAAAUUUUAUAAUUUUGCAUUAUGUUAUCAUUUCUUUACUCAAUUGGGCAAUGCAAUAAUGAAAACAGGACUGGAAUUUUCUUAAAAGUGCUUAUAAAGCAAAGCUGUUCAAAAAAAAAUUGAGAUAUAUAAACAUCUAUAGGUUAAAUUGUACCUAUUUAUAUACUUAUAAUGGGCAUUAAUUCUUACAAAUUAUUUUCUUUUUAGCUCUUGUUUGGGAGCAUAUCUAGUGUUGAAGACCAUGGUUAUAAUGUUGACCUUGGUAUUAAAGGUCUUCAAGCUUUCCUUAUAGCAAGAGAUGCUGUGGCAUUUAUUCAAGCUUGCAAUGGAGGUUUGUCACUUUAGAAAAGUUUUCGUUAACAUAUAAAUGUGCUGAGAGUUGUUUUUCAUGUUUAGCACUUGAAAACUUUCAGUAUUGCUAAAUAUUUAUUUAAACCAACCUUUAAGACAAAAUAGUUUUGCUUUGCUCAUCUUACUCAUUAUGGUUGUUAACUCUUUCGCUGCGGAAAACGCGCUCUGCGUUGUUUCAAUAUCAUGUUUUUUUCUUUGCUAUUUCUGGGUUAAACCUUUUAAGGGCUAUAAGGUUUAUUUGUUGUCAUUUGAGGCAUUAUUUUAAUGAUUUUCUUCGCUAUUUUUUUUUCUACUGUUGCUAUGGCUACCCUAAGCCCUGAUAGGUAAGUUUCCUAGACGAUUAACAGCUCAAAAAAGCAUUGGAUUUAUUUAAUACUAUUUGUUUUGAUAGUGAAGAUGAUUGAUAUUUAGAUCCAUUAGAUGAUUCCGAUAGUAGUAGGUUUAGAGGAUUUGAGUUAUAGAAUGAAGAUGAGGUCAUAGGUUUUGGGGAAAAAAUAGUUUAGCAUUUAAUGAUUUCACAUGUUAUGGUUCUUUUCUUUAACUUAUUUUAUUUAAACUGAGGAAAUAAAUUAACAAACAUAUUUUCCUUUCAAUAAUCUUUUUCAUUUGAUACCAAGUUUAGUCCUAUUAAACAAAAAAUAAUAUUUUAAAUAUUUUUUAACCCAGUCUCUCGCUCCUUUUUUGCUCUUCGAAAAAUAAUGUACAUUUUUUCUAUCAAAAAAUUCUGCAGCAAAAGAAUUAAAUAUCUCAGUCUUGCUUUUAAAUUCGUUGUAAAAGAUUAAUAAAAAAUGAAUACCUUAUAAGUAGAUUGCAACCACCUUUCAAAUAACGAGAUUUUCAUUGAUUGUGCUGUUGCAAUAAAGAAAUAUAAAAUGGGACCCAAAACGAGUUAAGGAUCUAAAUAGAAGAAAAGGUUCAUCUUAGUAUUUUCUGCCAUCUCUUGUUAUCUUUAAGUCUUAUUGCUUUCUCAGGAUCCUCGUUGUGCAUUGGCCAACCAGUGUGGUGUGUUCUUAAAAUGGCAGACAAAGCUGGGAUCAUGGCAGGGGAGAGCCGGGUCGUCAAUAUUACAAUAGAUCCACAAGUGGUAGAGAAUUCACGAGUAAGUAUAUGUAUUCUGAAUGAUUAAUUAAUUUCAUAGGGCAGAUUAAUUUUUUUAUGAUACUGAUAUGAAUAAAAAUAAAAAUAAUCUUCUUCAAAAGAAUGGAAAGACAAAGACAUAAAACUAGCAACAAAAAAAAUUGCCCAGAGAAUGUUAGUUCGGAAAUAAAAUGAAUUUUACCUCCCGAAAAUCAGGUAUAUUUAUUGCAUCACCUUAUUUCAUUGACACCAUAAUAAAGUUUUUUGAAUAGUUGAAAUUCACUUAUAUAUACAUCUCAAUAUCAUUUUAACGAAUUAGCAGGUGAUAUUCUUUGCCAUGUUGGCAUUAAUUAUAUUAAAUUAUUUAAAAACAAUUUGAUUAUGUGUUAAACCAGAAAUUAUUAAUUCUGCAAUAGUUUCUUAACAUGGAUAAAAAAAGAUGCAGUUCCUAGGAUUCAGGAAAUCCAAAGUCUUUAUUAAUAACAUCACUUGUAUUAUUCAUAAAACUGUCUUAUUUUUAAAAUUUACAUUGAUCAUUAACUAAUAUUAACUAAUAAUAAUCUUUACUUUUCUCAGCUGUCAGCAAAAUUUCAGCUUAACUCUUAUUUACCAGGAAUGAACCUAAAGGGCAUCGUCAGCAGUGUGAGUUUGAGCAAAACAUUUUCUCUGUAUUUUAACUUUAUUCAUAAAUUUAUGUUUUUAUUUUUUUAUAUUCUGUAACAAUUCAAUUUUAAAAAAAAAGGUAAUUUCAUUGUGUAUACGAUGUUGCUAAGAAAGUUUAUUCACUCCAAUGGAGCUUAUAUUUUUUUCAUUUCUCAGUGACUUUAUCUUUAUUCACUUUUUUUUCAGAUUUCAGAAAAUGGUCUACAUGUCACUGUCUUUAACUAUCUUGGAGUUGUUCACAGUUCUCAGUUGCCUAAAUCUUCCUCUCAUUACACUGUGGGGCAAGAGGUUAGACUAUUAUCAAUUUAUAACUAUGUGUGCUUAUCCAGACUUUUCACACACACACAACCCCCCCCACACCCCCCCUUUCCUUUAAAAAUAAAUAAAUAUUGUGUGAUUCAUUGUGAAUUGACUAAACUACACUUUAAAGUUGGAAACAUUUUUUGAAUGAACUGAAUACAUUGACACCAGUUCAGAGGUAAACUGGUCUGGUUCUCUUUUAAAUGGAGUAUUUUUAAAUAGCUCUUUUUUGUAAUUGAGAUUGAAUAUAGAUUUAACCAAAAACUAACAGCUUUUUUAAAACAAAAAAUCCAUUUUAUUUCUCUAGAUUGACCUAAAGGUUUUGUACCUCAACCCCACCACCAAAAUGUUGCAUUUGUCAGGUCUACCAAAGCUUCUAAAGUUCAAUGGAACUCCAAUCAAUUGUUUUGGAAAUUUGCAAAUUGGUUCCAUUGUGCAAGCAAAAGUUGCAUGGGUACACAAGAAAAAGGGUGUUUACUUCAAAUUACCUGACAAUGUUAAAGGAUUUUCUGCUGUAAGUAGUUCUUAUUAUGGCUCUUUUUCAUUUAUCAUUAAAAAUUUUAAACACAUUCUCCAUAUUUUGAUUAAAGUAAAGUCUGUUUAGUUAUUGGUGGUAAAUAUCGUCUUGUUCUUCGUCUUAGCUAUGUCAACUGAGUGAUGAAGAUGCAGAGAACCCAGACCUGACACAGUAUCAAAUUGAUACUAGCUUCCAGUGUAGAGUCCUAGGCUUUAACUAUAUGGAGUGUAUGGCACUUGUCACUCUUAAGAAGUAAGUUAUAAUAAUGUAUUGGUAUUUUCUGUAAUUAUUUAUUCAAUCACAACUUUCUUUGCCUUUAAAUAAGUUAAUCCUGUCAUUUUAGGAAAGAUUGUGAAGCUGGCAAUGGAGCUAGGGUAAUAUCUGAUCAAUGGGAAAAUUAUAAGUAAAGAAAUAAAAUUGAUAGGUUUGUUCGUGUCGAUUAUCUGACUUUUUGAUUUACUUUGUCAAAGUUCCUUUCAUUAUUUAUAUUAUUUUUACAUUUGCAUUAAUAUUCGAACAUUUAUUGAUAUAGACUGUACCUAAAUAUGGAUCUUGAAAUAAUUUAUUUUUCUGACUAACCCUAUUUCUUUUGUGGAAUGUUAACUUAAAAGAAAAAAAUAUACCCUGUCAAAUUACUUGACAGACAUAUUAGAGUUGGAUCAAAUGAUUUGAUACAUACAUAGAUACGCACAAUUACAUAAUAACACUUGCUUUCAUAGGAGUAUACUACAACAGAAAUUUCUUAGGAUUGAAGACAUCUCAGUUGGUGAGGUGGUUGAGGUAGGUUCAGAAAAAUCUUUUAUAAAGGGCAAAAAGUUUUUAAAAAUAAUGGAAAAUUCAUAAAUUAUGACAUGUGACAAAUGUGUGGCAUAUUUAAAAGAAAAAGUAAAAGCUUUAGUAAAUUUUACAGUGAACAGUCUUAAGCAAAAUUACUGUUGUAUCAUUUAUUUGUAUUUAAAUAGUUUUGGAAGUCAUGAUCUAAUAUUAAUUUUUUAUUGAAUAUUUUUAGGCAAUUGUGAAAGAUGUUCAUCAGAAUGGCAUCGUUGUGAAAAUAUCUAAGGGGAUAUUUUCUUUCAUACCCUGCCUUCAUCUUGCGGAUGUGCCAAUUAAACACCCAGAGAAAAAAUUUGAGCGUGGCAUGAAAUUAAAAUGUCGAGUAAGUACAUUCAUAACCUGUAUGAAAAAUUCUCCUGUUAUUAAAAAACAAAUGUUUGAUAGAUGUGCAGACCUGCCAACCCUUCCGAUUUGGUCAGAAUUAUACAGAUUUUUUACCCCUUAUUCCAAUCUUCCGACAAACCCCUUAAAAUUCAGAUUUUCCGAACAUUAUAAUUUUUCACCCGUCAUAAAAAUCGGAAAGCAACACAAAAUUUUUUUAAAAAUUGGUUGACAGGAAGUGUUGCAUUUGCUUUUAUGAAAGUGAAUAAGGUCUCGAGAUAUUCGUCCAGCUAUUAUAUAUUCAACCAAGUUGUGCUAGGUAUUAUGCGCGAGAUAUUUGUCAGUCAACCUUGUAAAGUGACUGCUAACAGUCUAUCAAAGUUUACAGUAUGUCAUUUCAACAAAUUAAUGAUAGUCUGGGCAUUUACAUGAAAAAGAAAUAUGUUCAAUUCUACAAAAGAAAUACUACAGACCUGUUUACUCUUACGAUUUUGGCGUACAAUGUACGAUUUUUAGAUUUCUUUUACGAUUGUACGCCGAGACCCCCCAAAACUAUGAUUUUCAGAGACCCGGUGAAAAAAUAUUUGUGUAAUUUUGUCCGAUUUAAAAAAAAAGUAAAAAUUUUUGGUUGUGGAAGCUUUAGCCCUUUUGGCCCCACAUUCAAUGGACCCAGAAAAACGAUGGCUUUUGUAUAUUUUUUUAUAGUUGGGACCAUCCUUCAUUAUAUUACGUACGCACUGAAAGGGGAGGUGGCGGUUGUUGAUUAAAGAGAUUGGUGGCAUACCAGAAACACGGGUUUGGGGGGGGGGGUUGGGUGGGAGUUUCAAAAGAUAUAAAAAUAUCACCGCCAUGCAUCCUAUUGAUGGUGGUGUUGGUCUUAGUGUUGCUUUGCGUGUCACAGUGAACCAGCUAGCUGUGUCAGCAGCAAUCUUUAGGCUAGUCGCCUGGCAACAACUUCACUCACCACCUCAUUGGACUGCUACUGCUAGCAAGCGUGUGUUCGCCUGAACCGCGGGGAUUGUGAAGAGAGAAAACUAGAGGUGUGAGAUUUAGUCAGUGGCAUUAAAAAAAAUAUUUUAGAUCUCGCAAAGCAGCUCUAUCCAGAGGCGUAGCGAGCGGGGGCAGGAGGGGACAGAUUCCCCGGGCGCCAGCUAGUUAGGGGGCAUGUUUCUUUCAGAAAUUUUCCCCAGGGGGGAGCACUUCAGAUUUUCGGGGAAGGGUUACUUCAGAUUUUUCGGGGGUUGGGGGGGGGGGCAGUGCCAGCAGUUCCAGUUGAUUUAUUGUUGGACAUAUUUUUGCUCCUGGGGGCACUUGGCUUUCCCCGGGGGAGGGGCACUCCCCCCCCUCCCAGAGAUAUAGCUGAAAGAAACCCUGUUUAGGGGCGCCAAAAUGUGCUUUGAUAUUAUUUUAUUGAUGAAAAUAAUGGGCUUGAGAGUUGAAAAAAAGAAAAAGGGGCACUUUAAAAUGGAUCUUGUCCCCGGGCGCCAAACACCCUCGCUACGCCUCUGACUCUAUCCCCUCAACGAUUUUAAUUUUAAUACAAUAAAACAGUUUUGUAUCACUACUGCUACCCCCCCCCCAUUUUUGUUUACAGCUUGUGGUAGUUACUAGUCUCUGAUACUAUAGCAGUGGUCGGCAAGCCGCGGCUCGUCCAGACUGCGGCUCGGCCAGUCAACUACAAAGCGGUUUUUAAUCCGUAAAACAUGGUCCUUGACAGGUUCUUCAAAAUAAAUUUGGCUCGCAAAAUUUGUUUAAUGGUCCUGCUGCUGAUUUGGGCUCUUUUGACCAAUGAGUAUGCUGACCACUGCUCUUUAGUAUGUGAACGUAAAAACUCAGGGGCAUAUUGGAUAGGCGAGGGCACUAUGUUUUUCCUAUUAAUGAGGGUGGGGGAAGGUGGGUUCGUCACCAGCACGGAAAUACGUGUUAGUGGACUAGUGUGUUGUCACUAUGUCGUGUUUAAUAUGACUACUACAGCGACCUCUUUAUGAAAACACAAAGCACUAGUAUACGGUAUACGAUAAAUGCGAAGCAUUGUGGUGAUAUUUGUAUAGCCUUAAUAAUAAUAAUAAUAAUAAUAGACCUAAUUAGAAUUCGUGGAUUUCAGAUUUUCAUGUGACAGUUGGCUCUAUAAGAGACUGUCAGGAAUCAGGAUAAUUAUUGUAGAAUUUAUGCCUACAUGUAGGUGCAUUCUGGUGCCCCCCCCCCCCCAACCCAAUCAAAACUCAUACGCAUCCUCAGCGAGUAAGUCAUAUUUGGAUGGCCCUUUAAGUUGGCAAGGCGUGCAGCUGGGGGCGAGCUAGGAAUCAUUGUUAACUUUUUCAUUUUUAUUUGAAAUGUUAUAUAUGGGCUGUCCAAACAGCUCUGGCGCUAGAAUUUGGCUGCAUUGACCUAUGUGCACAUUGCGUGAUUUUAAUGUUACCAUUAUCAUUAAUGGAAUCGGCAAUCAUUCUUGUUUUCGGUUCCGUAGUUGACCUCACUUAGUAUUUUACGAUAUGACCUCGACAAAAAGAAAGGCUCGCGGAAUGGGCGAUGAAGAAGAAACUUCUCUUUCUACCGAUAAACAUCCGAUUCAACAACAGAAAAAGAAAGUUUAUCAGCAGAUAGUCUUGCUUGAAUAUCAGACUAAAUUGACUGGGUUGCGUUCUUCGUCGAAUGGUCCAUCAUGCGCGCACUGCACAAUUACACAAUCUGCAAGUCGGACUUUUCAUGAACAAUCUAUCAGGGACAAAAGGAGUGGUGUUGAUUUAGGAAAUUUUGGGUUUGGCGUGGGUCUAAAUACUUAAAUCUAUACAAUCAACACCGCGACAUUUCCGUAAUGACAGGUUGGGGGGGGGGGCCUGCUCCUCGGCAGAAAGAACGUACGUUAUUUAAAAAAUCUACAAUAUUCAUCUCCUAACUCUGAAAGUCCAAAAAUAGCAUUCUAUUUAUAUCUCGAAUGCUGUAAAAUACCACCCGAUGUUUUGUAGGAAUUAUUGCGGUGAUGUUGUCAAGAUGUAUUUUCACCAAUAAACUCGUUAGCAGUAGUAGAGAAGUUACAGUUGUGUUUAGUCAUGAGUGUUCAGCGCGCGUGUGACGCAUAUUUCGUUGGGCUACGCCAGUGGUUCUUAUAAUUUUGUUUCCCGGCGCAUAUGUCAUAUUAGGUUUUCGCCAGGGUUUCCUGGAUGAAAUUCUUACAAGUACACUUCGAAAUAGGGAAUACACAAAUAAAAUAAAGGGUGGGAUAAAAAUAAAUAUAUCGUUUAUGGCGGUAACAAACAUGGAGGUAUCUACAGCAGAUGCAGGUCUUCAAAAUGAAGUGACCUCAGUUUGCAGUUAACGUCAGUCGAAUACUGAUUACCUUACAGUUCCAUUUUUUAACAAACCGCUGAACUGGAUGCCACUGAACACGCUAUACCAGUAGAUGCUGUAUACAUUAUAUAUUAUAUAUACUGUAUAUUUAUGUAUUUACUAUUAAGACACUGUAUUGUACGAUUUUGAGACGAUAUUGUACGAUUUUAGGAGUUCCCGAGGCCUGGUAUAUAUAAUCAGGGUUCCCGAGGCCUCCUGACAUUCCAGGAUGAAGUCUCCUGGAAUUUGAAAAAAAAAAAGAUAAAAUCCUGGAAAACUCCUUAAAUUCUUAAAAAUUUUCCUUAAAUGUCCUGCAAUUUUUGUUUCCAUAGAGGGAGGGGUAAAAAAGUCUUGGUCGCGAUAGUUAUUUUAUAAUUUUAUUACAAGUAUAUUCAAUUCGUAGUCUAUUUUUAGCCAUUCUGUUAUCAAAAAAGUUUGCCACAAUAAUUCUAAUGGUUUCCCCUUAACUGCGCAUACGCUUUACCAGUUUCGGAUAUGAAAUGUCAUACUUUAAUGCUUUGAUAGACCAGAAUUUUUUUCGUUCUGUUCAGUUCGUUGUUCAACGAAUUUUUUGGGUAAGUAUAGUGUGAAAUACAUUAAAUAGAUAUUUAUAUGUAGUUAUUUUAAUAUUCAGGUAACUAUAUUGAAUAGAAAACUACGCGCCCGAUCGCUGUAUAAUUUGACUAAGCUUAGUCUAAUUUUUUUUUAAAGUUGAAGUUUUCGUAGUUUUUGUGUAGUUUUAGUUUUGGGGUCUUUUCCCGAAAUUUUCAAAAACAAAAAUGAACUUACUUAUAUAGUAGUGUUAGUUAAAGGAAUGCAAUUUAUACGUGAAUAACGUUUAAGUCUUUAUCUGACGAAUUAUCUUAACUUUUUAUGUCUUUAACACGUGUUUGAAACGUAUCAGUUUUGACAAAUUUUACGGCCUUCUCGCCAGUAUGAUGUUAUAAAUGCUUGCGGCUGUUGAAGCUAGCAAAGAAGAAGAAUUUGAUUUUGAUUUAUAAAUAUUAACAAAAGGCCUUUAUCUAUAACAAUAAUAUUGACACAUAUUCUUUUAAACAUAGUUUAUAGUGUUAGGCCUUUUUGUAAGUUAAGAUUAGUUAGGCCUUCAAAAUAGGAACAUACUAAAUAAAAAAAUUAAAUAUGUUAUUUUUGCGUGGCGUAGCAUAGUUUACAAUGACUUCUGAACUUCUUUUAAAAGUUUUUAGAACUAGCUGAUGCAUCCAUUGAGCCUCACAUAACUUUAAGAUAGUUAGUCCUUAUUUAUACACAGGUAGUUAGUUAAAAAUUAAGUGAUUCACCCCUGUGCUCUUGGUAUACUUUGCAGUAUUAUAAGUUUAUAAGCACAGGUGUGUGGGGGGGGGGGGGGAACUUAGAGAUUUAAAAGAGAGUGGUUGCUUGGUCGCUGACCCAUUCCCCUGUUUAAAAUCCAGACUAAGCCAUUACAUAGGCAUAUGCCCAUCUUAGUUUCUCUUCUGCCUCUAUAUUAUUAUUAAUAGUACCAGUAUAAGUUAUAAUAUGGUCAAUAUUAUAAAACUAAUAUGAUGAUAAAUGAAUUCUAUUUUAUUUCACUAUUGAAGUUCUGGGUAAAUAAAAUAAUGCCCAACAGUUCCUUUGAGGACUGAUGAUUAAGGUAGCAAUCCUGAUUGAACAAGCCAUCACUGCUACUCUAUACUAGAAAUUGACUCUGAACUGAGUGAAUCCCAAGCUAGUGGACCGGAGUUCUAUCCCCAGAAAAUUCCUUGACAAGCAAAAACAUCACCAGGAUGCUGGGAAGAUGGCACUUGUUAACCUUGAAUGGCAACUCAACUUAGAGAAGGGAACUAUGAAAUCAAACCCGGUGAUGAAGUUAAGACAUUAACACAAUGAAAAUUCAGAAAAACUCCUAUGACGUAGAAAGCAUAAAGAGCAUACUGAAACACACACACUCACUGCUGUUAAUCUACUGCAUCCUUGUCUAUAUCCAGCCGUCUUAACUAAUCUUACCAUUGAAUCAAAUAGGCAAGGAUGAGAGUGGUUCUGACAAAAUGAGCAACUCUUCCUAAAUUUCAACAAAAUACACCUCACGUCAAGGCUACUGCUAAGUCUUAGGGAUCUUCAUGUGUACAGGAAAAACAAAAUUAAUGAAAAUAUUGAUAUCAAUUAUAUUUGCAGACCGUUCUCGGAUGCCAUGAAAAUUAGGGGAAAAUGAUUAAUAAACAUCAAUCAUCUGAGACUUCCUCUAGUUCAACUUCAGUUUUUUCACCUACCUCGGGUGUCCACUUUUGCAACUUCUUAGUCAAGCUCCCAGGCUAUGUGUAUCUUCGGAAAUAAAUAUGACUUACUUGUGAUUGAAAUGAAUUAUUUUAUAACUUUAUUAGCUGUUUGUUAUCCAACAUAAGUCUAUCUUAUUCUUAUAAAAACCAAGUUACUCAAUUGUGUGUGAACUUGGGGCCAAAGUUGGUUGGUUGGUUGUUCGUCCGCCGAAGUCGACCAGGACCAUCGAAUCACCCGGUUACGUGCGGGGGUUGGGAUUACGGUGAGCUCGUAGGUGGCUUGCAAGACCGAUCAUUGCUCGGAAUAAUCUAUGACACCGUGGGCAUGGAAUAGUUGCUUCAGACGGUGACUUAAUGUUGCUCUUUCAGACAAGCCUGCGUGUCUCAGCUGUGGUUAUUCUAUUAGCUUCAUGGGAUUUAGCCCCCUUCUUGAUAGCAGCUCUCCACCUGGCUCUGUCCUGGGCUGUCUGCACCCAUUGAGUAGGGUUUAUGCUGAAGGCCUUUAGUGCCACUUUCAGUGAGUCUUUGUAACGCUUUUUUUGGCCUCCUUGGGAGCGCUUGCCUAUAGUGAGUUCUCCGAAGAAUAAUUGUUUCGGGAGCCGGUGGUCUGCCAUACGGGCUACGUGUCCCAUCCAACGGAGCUGAGACUGCAUCAGAGUGGUGAAGAUACUAGGUAGGUUCGCUCUAGCGAGGACCUCGGUGUCGGGGACUUUGUCUUGCCACCUGAUAUCGAGGAGUUUCCUGAGGCAGGUAGUGUGAAAAUGAUUCAGUUUCUUGGCGUGACGCUGAUAGACUGUCCACGUUUCACAUCCAUAGAGCAGUGUCGGGAGGACUGCUGCGCUAUAGACCUUGAGCUUUGUUUCUCGUCUGAUACCUCUCCUGUCCCAAACAGUGCUGCGGAGCCUGUUAAAUAGGGCACUAGCUUUUGCGAGUCUGCCAUUCAUUACAUCAUCCAUGACGACAGAUCUAGAGAGGGUGCUGCCCAAGUAAGCAAAUUUAUCCACCGGGUUCAGACGCUGUGCACUGAUGAUGAUGUUGGGUUCAACGUAGGGCUUACUGGGAGCUGGCUGAUACAUCACCUCAGUCUUCUUUGUGUUGAUUGUGAGGCCAAAGUUAUUGCAGGCCUCAGAGAAGAUAUCAAUGCUGUGUUGCAUGACGGCUUCUGAUGGAGCGUUGAGAGCACAAUCGUCUGCAAACAGAAGCUCCUUGAUCGUGGUAUGUUUGACCUUGGUUUUAGCUUGAAGCCUCCUAAGGUUAAAUACUGAUCCAUCAGUACGAAACCGGAUUGGCAAGCCCGUGGUGGAGUCCUUAAACGCCUCAGACAGCAUUGCGGAAUACAUAAUACUGAAGAGUGUGGGAGCAAGAACACAACCCUGCUUUACACCGUUUGUGACGGGGAAUGCUUGAGAUGAUUGACCGUUGUCCUGCACUCAGGCCAUCAUACCAUCAUGCAGCUGUGAUAACUUCCGGCUAAAGAAAAAAAAAACCACAAGAUGGCGGGGCCAAAGUAUCUAUACCAGUACAUACCUAAAUCAAAUAAUUGCUAUAGCAUUGGCAGUCCUUAGAGUAAGUACCGGUACUAUAUAAGUCCAUUUAUGUCCUGUUACUGCAAAAAAAUUGUAUAAGCGUACAGGGUCUCUUUUUUUUUUUUUACUUUUUAAUAGAGUUUGAUAGAAGAUUGUGAAGGAAAAUUACAAUGAAACAAGGUCAAGCAUGAAAGUUGAUACUCUUUCUAACUUGUUUGUAACUAAAUUCAAUUGCAAUGCUAACCUUAAGUUGCCGAAAGAGCUGUUGGACAAGUGCAGAAAGGCCAUUGGGAUAUGCUGGAAAAUUGAACUCUUGGACUCUUGGCAGCCUGUGUACAUAUGUAAUAAAAUGUAUAUUCUGUUCUGUAUACUGUAUAAAUCUGUAUAUAAACAUUGCCUAGUAAUGUUUUUCUCAUGUUCUGUGAACUCUUCAAAGACAAUGGAGGUAACUUUCUAUUUCUUUAUUUACAAAAAAAAAGGCUUGUGCAUUAGUAUGUAGAUCUUAAACAACGCCCUCGUUCUCUCCUGAGUGUACCCCCCUACAGAUUUUUUUUCUGGGCAGGUUGACAGGUCUGGAUGUGGAGUAUUUUUUAUUAACUAUUUUAUUUACUUAUGUGCAGGUUUUAAAAGUUGACCUGAAGAAGACUAAAGUAUUACUCACUCACAAGCGUUCUAUUGUGAAAACUAAAUAUCCUAUUCUGUCAGACUACAACCAGAUAAGGCCUCAUAUGGAGUUGGAAGGCUAUAUUAUAGCAGUUAAAGAGAAUGUAGUUGUGGUAUCAUUUUAUAAUGAUGUAAAGGUUAGUGUAAAGAAUUGAUUUUUAAUAAAUUUAUCUUAUAAAAAUGACAAAAGUAUAAUUUGAAAUAAGUAGUAUUCAUUUCGACCAUAGUAAAUCAUAUAUUUUCUUUUAACAAAAUAAUUUUUAAAAAUUUUAACAGUCUCAUUAAAAUAAUAUUAAAUUUUAAAUGUAUCAUUAAACCAGAGCUUUCCAAACUGUUUGUAGUGAUACAUUAUAUUAGUGUGUCGGCUACAGUGCUUUUUUAAAAAUUCUAUUAAUCAUAUUUCAACAAAAAUUGAUACAUUUAAUGUGUUGUGCAAUGGAUCUAGAAACCCGUGAAUUCAUGGGAAAUAAGAAAUACCAGCUUGCUUGCAUUAAAAAAAUGACAUUGUAUAUUCUUUGCAUGCUUAUAAAAGAUAAUCAUAUUUGUUUGAAAUGUAUAUUGUUAUCACUCUAAUGAUUAAUUUAAACAAAAAAAAUAACAGAUGUUAAUGAGAUAAAUUUUUUCAAAAUACAUUUUGUUUUUACAAAUAAGGUGUAUGUAUCUGCAUCUCUUAGAAAGGAGUUUAGUCUAUCCCCAUUCCACCUGUUUCCUAGUAAACACAAUUGCUGUGUCCCCAAAUUCUUAUUUUUUAAAAAGUGUACCCAUUAUGAAAAGUUUCAAAAGCACUGCAUUAAACCUUUCAUCUUAAAAAAAGAGUUCUGAAAGGAAUGGUCUAUUUGCAUUCUCUCUUUAUGUAAAUUAUCUCAUUCUUAAAAAAAAUUAAUUUGAAUUAUUUGAAGUUGUAUAAUGUAUAUUCAAAUAUUUGUAAAUAAAUUUCAACAUUUUAUUAGGGUUAUGUCACACCUAAAGACAUGAGUACAGAAGAGGUUGAAGAUCCAUCCAGCAUGUUUUAUAAAGGACAAGUCAUCAGAUGUAGAGUUGUCUAUUUUAAUAUACAGGAUAAGAAGCUAAAGCUGUCUUUUAAUGUAAGUGUAAAAAAAACCCUUUCAUUGAGAGUUAGGACAAAAUGUAAUAUUUUCUAAGAUUUAAUUGUAUUAAGAAGAUGAUUAUUAAUAAAAAUUGAUUUUGGGAAAAAAAUUGGUUUCAGAUAAAGUCAUUUGUAAAACAAUCUCAUAAAUGCUCUAAACUACUCAUCUCAAGGCAAAAAAAAGUAAUAUCCAAAUUUAAAUUUUCUUAUGAAAGUGACUGUAUCCAUUUGCGCACCAAUUUAUUCAAUUCUUUAUUCUGCUUCUCUUAAAGCAAAAUUCUAAAAAAAGUGAUACCACUUUUAUCUGCGUUUUAAAAAUUGCUUUUUAAGCAGAACAUUGAAGACCAAAUACACGCAUAUGAGAUUUAAAAAAUUUUGAUACCGGUACCUGUGAUUACCUACUGUUUCAUUUAUUUCAGUUUGGGGAAAGGAUAAUAAUAGCAGAAAAGCAAGUCCUAUUAAAAGAUGAUACAUCUAAUUUACAUCUCUUUGGAAAGGUAAAAUUGUGUCUGUUGUGGAACAUUUACAUUUUAAAGUAAAAUAAUUGCUGCAUUUCUAAAUAUUUAAGAAAAAAAAAUUCUAUUAAUAUUUCAGCUUGUUGCGGCCAAAAUACUGAAUGUGGAAAGUAAUGGCUACAGAAUUUUGCUGAACAAUAAGCAGGCAGCCCAUCUUCCUUUUCUACACUUGUCAGAUUUUCAUGAAGUGCAGGAGUUGAAAAAGCUAGCAUUCAAACCAGGACAUCAACUGAAAAAGCUCACAUUCUUUAAUCACAAACAAAGAAUUGUAUCCUUUAUACAUUUAUGUAGGAUGUUAUAAUACAAAAGAGAAAAGGAAAAAUUAUUUUUAUUAAGCUGGUGGAAAUAUUUAAUCCAUUUAUUUUUAACCUAGGUACAUGUGCCUUUUUGUGAACAAAAAUUUGUGUAAGCUAGGAAUAUUACUAAUUUUAGGGUAUAAUUUUGUGUGUGCCUAUUUUUCAUAUUUGAUGCUAAUGUUGCAAAUUUCAGCUUGCUGGGGCCAAGCGACUUCAGUAUCAAAUACAGUAGUAUCAUAUUCCCAAGUGGUCAGGUUCAUUUUUUUUUUUUCUGCCUAUAUUACUGGGAGGUACAGUUAGCGAUCAGCAACAAAGUUUGAGACCUGUUGAAUAUUCAUACUGCACACUUUGAUUUUGUCCUUAAUACAAUCCAUGGUUGGUGUGGUUUGCUAUUUGUAAGCUUGCAAUGCAAAUUUUUUGAUAAUUUUCUCUCAAGAAUUUUAUUCAGAGCACAGGUCAUUAGGGGUCUUUAUUUUGCACCCAAAAUCUAAAUUUAUUUAUUUGUGAGUAAAAACAGACUCCAGAGAUUGGCUCUUUUAAGUUAUAUAUAGUUUAACUGUUACAAAUGGGCAUGUAAGAGUAAUAAAAACAACUGGGCAUUUCGAUCUUACAAGUGUAAACUAAAAUAAUUUCAUUUACUUGCUUCUAAUUUUGCUAAUCAAUUUACUAUGUAUAGGUUUUCUUUUUUUUUAAACAAUAUAAAUGGAGAAAAGGUUUAUAAUUUUUCUUUAAGACAGUGGUGGCCAACUCAAAUUGCUUCAUGGGGCACUUUGAUCCCUAGUCAACUCUUUGCAGGCACAAAGCUCUUUGCGGUAAUUGAAUCAAAUGAAACCCAUAAAAAUCAUUUGGUUUCAUUUUUGGCCUUUAAUUUAUUUUUAACCUGAUACUGUUCUAAAAAUUAAAAACUUAAUAAUAACACAGUUUAUGACAAUGAAGGAGUCAUUCAUUCAAGCGGCUGAAGAAAAUACAUUGAUAGGCCAGUUUGAAGACCUGAAGGUAAUUUUACUUUAUAAUGGGCAGCUAAAUUGUGUUUAUUUAAAAAGUUUUAUAAACAUGUGAGACCUUUAUCCUUGCCUUUUAUGAGUUUACCCAAAUGGAAAUCUGACUUUCCAAACUACAGCUAGUUUAAAUUUGUUACAAUACCGGGUAUUUAACAUUGUAAAUUAAGGAAUAUUAUAAAUAGCCUUGUUUGAAUUAAUUGGCCUGUUUGUGAGUUUUUAAAAAUAAUUUCAAAAAGAUUAUCAGUGAUUCACUGAAAUAGAUAAUAGAUCACUUUAUUGGUAUCAUUGAUAUGCAAUUUUAAUUGUUUUUAUGAUUCAGUUAAAAUGGAAAUUUUUCAGAGUGGUAUGCUUGUACCAGCUGUUAUAAAAAACCACCAAGACUUUGGCAUGUUUCUUGAGCUGGCCAAUGGACAUAUAGGACUAUGUCCAGCCAAGGUAUAUGAAAAAAAACAACAUUUUAUUAAAUAAUUGUCUGCUGCAGCAAGUGAACCAUUUCCACAUGGGGCCUCCUUGUUUGAUGCUAAACAUAGAACAGUAGAAAGAAAAAUAUUUUAAGCUCUUAAAUAUUUGUUAAUUAUAACAAAUUAAAGCUAAAUGUAUCCAAAAACUGAUCAUGGCUAAGGGUUCGUUUGCAAAUUACGUAACGCUCGAGGGGGGGGGGGGGGAAUAAUAAUUUAUGGUAGCGACGAUGAGAGAGAUAGUGUUAUGUAAAUGGGAGAGACUCAGACAAAAUAAAUUUGAGACUUCACGUUUUUUAAACAAAAGAAAAUUUUAAUUUUCUAAUUUUGAAAAAAUCUUUAUUUAAUUAAUUUUAAAAACAUUAAUAUAAGGUUGAAAUUGCCUCUGGUUUAUAGGUACUAUGAGACUCAGUUUUCUAAUAAUACUACAUCUUAAUCCAUCAUGGGAAAAAAGUGUCACUAAAGAAUUUGUGACACUACGUGGGGGGGGGGGGGUGUCUAAAAAGGUCACAUUUAGCGUGAUGUAAUUUACUAACGACCCCUAAGAAAAAUGCAAUGUUAAUUGCCAAGAAAAUGAGCAAUGAAAAAAUUACUUGAUUGUUGGUCUAGACAAUUGAUAGAAGUAAGACAAACACUACUUAUAGCUGAUAGAUUAAACUUUAAACAAGACAAAAACUUCUACUUCAAGUUUGCUCAGUGAAAUUGUGUAAAAUCAUAUUUUGCAGAAGCCACCUGAUUUUAUUGUGUCCGUUGAGUCAAGCUCCCAAUUUGUGUGUCAAAAUAUGAAAACCCUCACUUGGGAGAUUUUAUAGAGGCUAAAGUGUGUUGACGCAAACUAUCCAUUUUAUAUAUUUUUAUAAGAAAGGAUGCUUUCCACUUGUGGUAGCUAUACGUAUGUUCUAAAAUGCCCUGAGAGCACAUUGCAAAAGUUGACUUUUCAAGUCUAAGUAAAUUGAAAAAUUGCAAUUGCUAGGAAAUUUAAUUUUACAUGUGUACACCGUAAUUGCUUAAUUUUGCCCAUUUGUGAUGCAUUUCAAUUUUGUUUUUGCUUUGGCUAUUUCAUGCUUGUUUUUAUAUUAAUCAAAAAAAACGCUGCAUUGCAAUAGUCAGGAAUUUUGAGUUUUGUUAAGUUUCAGGGUUUGAAAAAUUUGUAAAUGAAGUUUCAGGUUUCAAGAAAUUUUUAGAAAGGGAUUCAGGGUUCACAGCUUUCAGUGAGUGGCACCCCUGGUCUGUUCUGUGAAAUAGCAAUUGAGAGAGAUGUGUUAGGAAGCAUUUAGUCGCAUUCUGCUAGACCUCAAGGGACAUUUAUUUACAACUGUCAAAAAUGAUUAGACUAAUUUAACUUGAUAUGCUGAUUAAUUUUCUUUUUUUAAUUCUUUUUUUUUCAGACCUUAUCUUACCUUCAACCAUCCAAUUUACAAGAACUUUUCCAGCCGGGUCAGUCAGUUAUAGCUCGACUUAAUAAAAUUGACUCAGAGAAGAAACGAUUCCUUGGCAGUAUUCGCUUGGAUGAAUGCUUUGAAGGAGGAGUUGGCACUUCACUACAUAUGCUCAAAAGCUACCUUCUUGCCCGCCAAGAGACCCUGGAUAUUUUAUUUUCUGAAAGUGGUAGGUAUUUUAAAAAUGUAAUAACCUUUAUUUUAUAAAUCACGCUACGUCUGGAAAGUUAGUAACAUAAAGUCACAGUAAAUAAAAAAAAAAGCAUUAACAAAGGGCUGAUAAAUUUUAAUACUGCGUCAGAUUAACCCAUGAAAUUUGGCUAAUGAGAUUUCAUGCUUUUAUGCCAUACAACAUACAGACCUGCCUAAAUUUUUAUUAUUUUUAUUCAUUCUGUUCACUUAAUAUGAAAAUAUGAUUUUAAAAAAAAAAUACCCUGUUGGUGUCGGGGUCAGCAAGAAGUAUGUGUCGAUUCUUUAGGAAUAUUUUUUUAGCGAUCACAUUGUGAGAGUGGUAGGUUAGAACGAGUUUAGUUCCAUUUUUAUUUUUGGUUUGGCAGGUUUUGAAAACAUUCCAUAUGAUAGUACUGAUAGGAUUGAGCGCAGAGACAAGAGUAGUUUCAGGAUAAGAUCUGGAGUGGAAGAAGUCCCUGACACAACAGGGUGUUUUCGUCCCCUCCGCUUAUUGUCUACAGGCGGGACAAAAUCUAGGUACCUAUCAAACAGGGCAAACUUUCCCUGGUCUCAUCCCAUUUCAAUGGAAAUAAACACAAAGGCACAUCAGCUGUUUCCAUCACAACAAUGAUUUACUCUACUAACACACCAGCAAGAGUUUGGAAAUAAAACAAAUCAGAUUUUCUGCACACUAUCAUGAUAUGGAAUCAAUCAAUUGCUCUCAUACCAGUGAUCCUCAAUUUCCGUAUAUUCAUAUACUUAUUUCUUAUAUUUCAAAUACUUCCAAUAUAUAUCUGUCUGUUAAAAUCUUAUUUUUCACUGUAAAGAUACAUACUUUCUUUUACUUCCUGUAAGCUGUUGGACAUAUUUCCGUUUUGGAAAACCCAACUUCCGGCAAUAACAUAGCAUACAUGGCUGACUCCAAACACUUCGGUUUUUUAACUGUUUUCUAUUUCUUGUGUUUCAUGUUUAGUCCUGUCUGCUGAAAAGGCACUUAUCUGAAAUGUUCUCCUUUAUUUUCUCCUAUCUUUAUAUUUCAAGCUACCACAUACCUUGUUACUCUAUUUCUUUCAAUUUACUUAUAGGCCAUUAUGACAUAUAAGGAAAUUCAACGAAGUCACUAAAAAAUUUUAAAAGCAUAUUAUAUAUUUCUCCCCUUUUGGCCAUAGCUGUCAGUGUGACAUAGCGAAUAUUAACUUUGGUCCACCUGAACAAAAUAAUUACGUCACAGAUUACAUCAAUUACAGCUCCGACAUUAAACAGAAACUCGCCCAUCUCCCCCCUAGACAGUGACGAGGCCAUGACAGGCAGUUCCGGCUAAUAAAAACAAGAACUCAGUACAGGAGCUCCUCAUUCCCGCCAAAGAUAAUACGGGACUGGAACAAGCUCCCAAAAGCAACAGUUGAGGCGGCUACACUUGACACAUUUGCGUCUAUUGCCGCCUGUCUUCCAACCCCCAGUUCAUAAUACCAUUGCUGAGUAGCCCUUGCAACCAGUGAUGUAUCCCCUUCAAAAUCAUGCACAGUAACAUCGUGAACCCCUCUGAAUCAUAGGAGCCAGAAUGAUCAAUUCAUUGAUCGUGGGCUCUCAAAAUAAAGAAGAAGAGAGGAAGACAUACCAAGGCGAAAGUUAGACUUAAAGUUGUCACUAGAUUAAAUAUUACUAUCGCGACAUCAGUUAAAUGAUAAAUACACAAAAUUGCUGUGAAGCUAUUAUAAUUUAUUUUUGAUUAUUAGAAAUCAUGGAUGUUACAGAUUUUUAGGAGACAUUUGUCUUUAUUAGUCAUUAAUGGCCCAUUUGUGGACAGUCAGAAUUUUAGGAUAACUAUUGCAAAAUGUGUGCAUAAAUACAUGUACACAUUCUGCAGAGAGCCCACCUCCUCAUAAAAAAAACAAUAUAUGAAUCUCCUCUAUGCUUACGUGUUCCUAAAAAAUUAUAAAAAUAAACUGUCCACAAUCUCUAUAGGAGACCACACACACACGCACAUACCAAAUUAAGACCUCCUAGCUAUCAAAUAUUUUAAAAGUAAUUUUCAUUAUCUUUUACUUUUGAGCUCUGCAUCAGUUGAUGGAAACUGCAGCUAACUCAUUUAGUAUAGUGAUAAAGCAAAAUUAAUGGUUCAAACUAAAAUAUGUUUUUGCUACUUAAAAUGUGAUUUAGGGGGUAUAAGUAAGAGAAACAAUGUAUUUGUCUCAGCUCAGGAGCACUAUAGUUAAAGUUUUAACUUGGCUGAAAAGGGGGAUUAACAUGGUUUAGCAAAAUCAACUUUUCCCUUUGGAUUCAUUGAUUCUGACAUCACAUCGUCAAACAAAAUCAUUUGGUAAUGAUUUAUCAUGGUGCACUUAUGUAACAGUUUUAUGGGCAGAUCAAGAUAUUAAAAUAUUAGUGUAGGUGUUGUUUUUUUGUUUAUGCCUAAAGGAGUGAGUGAUUUUGUAUACCAAAUAUUGAAAAUACAAUGGUAGGAAGAAACAGAAUUUUGGUUUAUUAAAGUAUCGAUGUCCAAUUAAAUGAUUAUUCUACAAUGUAAAAAAAAAAAAGCAUAAUUUUAAACCCACUGUUUUUCAUUUCUAAAUGGCAAUUUAAAAUUUUUUUUUACAGGGAAGUUGUCUUUAUAUUCAAAACUAAAAGUAGGAGAUAUAGUGGAAGUUACAAUUUCUUCUGUGCUCAAGAAAGGAAUUCUUGGGGAUUUAGAAUCUGGUGCCAAGGCAUUAGCAACAAAAUAUCAUUAUGGUGGUAAGUGCUAUUAGUAUUUUAGUUGUGAAUUUAGCUAAUUGUGCUAAACAUUUAUUAAAACUUUUAUUAAAAUACUCCUAAGUGUCAAAACUAAAGGUAAUAUAACUCAAGCUAAAUUUAAAAUAACCAGAUUCAGAUUUUGCUAAUAUAAAUUCAGUAAUCAUACAAGAAUUACAUUUUGUUCUCUACCUUUAGUUAAUUACUUCUUUUUUUUAAUUAAAUUUUUAAGGCAUUGAUCCUAAAGUUGGCUCCAAAUACCAUGCUGUUAUACUUUUCAUUGAUCCUUUAACACCCUGUGUUGAACUGACCUUGGAACCAAAAGUUGUUAAAUGUGUUGCUACACGAAAAGAAAAUUCAAAAUCACAGGUGAAUAUACUUACAGGUAUUUCGUAUUAAAUUAAUUUAGACAAUACCAGUAGUUACAAUAUUGAAAACAUGACCUUGUCUAUAACAAUCAUGUUGUGUAAUUAUAACAACACAUUUUGUCCUAUAAUAUUUCAGCUUAAAAUGGACCAAAUUUUGAAGGCUGACACACUGUUAGUCAAACCGGAGUUCAUGUUGAUGUCCUUGCGAGGUCAUGGCUCUGGAAAAUUUGUCUAUGUUCCUAUUAAACAGGUUUGUGGAAGAGAGAUUAAAAAGAUUAGAAUUAUGAAUAAUUAAAGUUUUCCAUAUUUAAUUAAAGAAGUUUAUUUAAAAACAUCAAUUUUUAUAAAACUAUUGACUGGUUGUAGCAAAAAAUAAUUUGAAUUAAUUUUAUUUCUUUGGAAUAUAAUUUGCAUUCUCACUUUUCUAGACAAAAAUGUAAAAGAACUACCCAUGAAAGACAGAAACGAGCGGAAUACAAUUAAAAACAACUUUUCAUUGUCUGAAUAAUUGUUUAAUGUUUUUAACACUUCCAUUACAUUGGUAUUCUUUCAGCAUAUGAAUGAUGUGGAUGUGAACAAGCCCUACAAAUUAGGAACUUUUGCAGAUGUUGUCAUUAAAAAGUAAGUUUAUUUCAAACAAGAAUUUAUGACAAAAGUUCUAGUAACUUUGUAAGUUAUUAAAAAAAACUUGUAGAACACAUUUCAAAAAUAAUAUAAUCAUUCACAAAAGUAAGUUUAUUUCAAACAAGAAUUUAUGGCAAGGUUCUAGUAAGUUCUUUGUAAGUUAGUAAAAAACACUUGUAUAACACAUUGAAAAAAUGAUAUAAUUAUUAUUCAUUAUAAAUUUUUACAUUUUGUUUCCAUUUAUUUUUUAGCCCAAUUCAUCAGAAUUUAAAUAUAUGAUUUAUUUUAAAAUGCUGAUUAUUAUAAAUGAAUAAAAUAGCAAAACGAGAUGUGUGGAAGCUUGAAUAGGAGAACAGGAGGUAUUUUAUUCAUUUACUAGGCUUGAAUGCAGUCCUUUAAUUUAUAUGAUUAUUAUAAAACAAUCUCCUAUUUUUUUCUUUCAGUUCAUUUGAUGAAUUUCAACUGGCAGUACUCAAAGUUCAUGAUCCAGAAGUUGCAGAAAAAGAGAGGGCAGAAAGAAUUAAUUUUAAAACAUUAGCCAAACAUGACAUGGCACCAGGCAUGGUGGUUGAAGCCAAGUAAGUUAAUGGUAUUUUUGAAAAGAUAAAUAUAAUCAUCAAAUGGUUAUUAAAAUACAUCUAUUUCUAAAGGAGGAGAAAUAAAGGAUUGGCUUUUCUAUUUAGUUAAAAAGGUAGCUGCAAUUAAAAAAAUAUUACAAAUGACACUAGAGUUGCUCAACUUUGACUGCUAUCUGUUUACCGCUGAUACCUUAAAAGGCAAGGUGUCCUUGUAUUGAAAUUUGAAUUUACAUAUCUAGAUUGGUUUUUUAAAUUAUCUUAUUGCUUAGCAAGUUAACCAUGUCAGUGUUAUACAUUUUUUAAGUUAUUUAUGAAAUAUUGUUUUUAUAGCAUACUAGCCAAUAUACCCGGUGCUGCCUGGGAUUGCAUUCCAAAAAACAACUUCUACAGCCUUUUAAUAAACAUUGAAACUUAGCACCAUGUAACAAUAAAACAACUUCAUCUCCUAUAGAAACACAUUUAAAAUAACUUUUGUAGGCCUUUCAUUCUCAAAUCGGAUCCCGAUUCUGGAGGAUCCCAACUGGAUCCAGUUUCCCGAUUAGCAUCCAGUUUUCCAAUAGUAUCACAGUAACAGGAAGGAUUCCAACCCCGUUAUGGAUCCCGACCCCUAUGGAAUCCUGAUCCUGUUUAGAUCCCAAUCCCGGUGGGAUCCCGAUCCCUCUGGAUCCUUAUUCCAGUUGAAUCCCAAUCCCGUCAGAAUUCCGAUCCCAGUGGUAUCCGAUCCCGGUAGGAUCAAUUUUUACAAUAGGAGCCCGAUCCCAGUGGGAUACAUUUUUACAAUAGAAGCCUGAUCCCUGUUAAAUCCUGAUCCCUGUUGAAUCCUGAUCCCAUUAGGAUCCCUUUCCUGAUGGGAUUCCUAUCCCUCUGGAUCCCAAUUCCCAAUGGAGCCCUAUAAAAAUCAGUCAGAUAAAUUAUGGAGUUAAAAAUUUUAAUUUGUCCCAUUAAAUUUUUUUUGAAAAUGCCACAUAUAUAGCUUUUUAAAUUAUCAAACUUUCUGGAAAAUUAUAGAUUGGAUAUUAUUAUUAUUAGUUUUAAAUCCACUGAUAUUUCACUACAGACUAUGAAGGGUAUUGCCACCAAGCUUUAUAUCCAUCAAUUCACAUAGAACCUAUAGUGUUGUCUAAGACUAUUGAUAUUUAUAUAACUUAUAUGAGGAAAAAUAAUAUGGGACCCCAGAGGAAUGGAUAGUAUGAGUUCAGUACCCUUCAGUAUUUGAGUAUGGAUAAUCAAGUGUAUGUAUACUAAGUUUGGUCAAGAUCAAUCUAUUCAUGUAGGAGUAGGAUUAUUUAUUGAUCAUUUUAUUUAUAUAGCCAUAUAAGAACAAAAAACAAAUUCAGGGACUCUGCCACAAACGGAAUGUUAUAAAAAGUCCACAUUAGUCCUUUCUAUUUCUCAUAUAUAUACAAAAUUUUAUAUACCAUAUGCAGGCAUUUUUUGUGUUUUAAAUUUUUUUAAAAGUAUCCUAUUCUUGACGUAAUCGUACAAUUGGAAGAAAAAUAUAAAAAUUAUUUUAAAAAUAAAACAUUUUGAUCUGUGAUGAGAAUUUGAAAACUCAUGACCAACCCGAGCAAGACACACCAUCUUAGACAAACUUUUGUUAGACGCUUGUCAACAUGGCAGCUCAAAAUCUUUAGAAAUGAAUGUUUUUGAUGAAAAUGUUGAUCAACUUCUAUCUGAAUUUUCUGGGAAGAUAAUUGGGAAUCGACAUUAAAUGAUUAUGAUUCAGAUUUUGAUGCCCAUUGAAGUUGUGAAUACUAGAGGGUUAGUUUUCAAUUGUUUUUCAUUCUAUAUUUUCCUGAUUUUAAAUAAUAGUUUUAUAAAUUUAUUGGUUUAAUUUUUUGUUAAGCAUAUUGAAAUAAUCACUACCUAUUUUUAAAUGAAAUUACAAAAAAGAAUCCUUUUAUAAUUUGUGAAUAUUUUAUUACAUUGAUAAUGUGUGAAGUUGUUAUUAGAAGCAACUCUGCUAAUGAAUGUAAACAAUGUAGUUAUUAUGUUUCCUUCUAAAAAAACAUGAAAUUUUGCAUAAAGACUGAAAAUUUACCUGUUGCAUAUUUUAUAUUCAUUUCAUACCCAAAGUAGUAAAAAGGUCUAUAAUAUCAGUUUUUGUUUUUUUUCAUUGUAGGGUAAACUCAUAUGAUGUUUAAUAUGAUGGCCCACCAGUUCUAAUUCCUAAGUAUUUCCCAGUCAGAAAGUCAAGCUUAUAUCUUAGGGUAGAAAUGUCAACAAGGGAUACAUCGGUUUCUUCAUCCUCAAGACUUUUUCAAAUUGUUUUUUACUUUGGAUUUGGUUGAAACAUUUUCAAAGUACACUAAUAACUAUGCAUAUACCAUGGGACCUACUGAGAUAUUACAUUCUGUUUUAGGGGCCGAGCUAAUGCUCUUUUAUGGCCCCAGCAAGUAAGUCAUUAUACUUGCCAUAAUGCUCAGAUCCUGAACAUUUUGCUUCCACCCCUUAGGGAUCAGGUUUUGUGUUGCUUGUUCCCCAUGUUCAGGGAGUAUUUCUGUUUUUGGUGGGACUGUUAGGUUCUUUAGCUUCGGCUAUGUGAUCACCUUCACUUUGCUCUGCUAGUCUCACCCUGUUGAGGCCAGAACCUCUGGACUGAUCAUGGGACCUACUAAGUCUUUAAUUUAAUAAUAAGAGAGACUGUCUUAUUUUCCCACUUUUGAAUAUUUAAAAUUUCAGCAUCUCUCAUCCACGUCAUAUCUCCUCCCUUUAAUUUUUGUUCAUAAGUUUUAAUUUUUUUAAGUACUGGCCUAUAUUUUCUUUCAGGACAAGAUAACAAAAAAAUCCUUACAAAUGAAAUAAAGUGGCCUAGCCUCUACCUCUAAAUUGAUUUCACUGAGGAACUUAUUGAAGCAUUUAGGUGGAUGAAAAAACAACAACUGAUUUUCAAAAUACAAGACAGUACUUAUAAUUCUCUACAGACAUGCCAAAUGAUAUUUUAAGGUGUACUAUAAAUUGGGAAUGCAAAAAUAAAAUCCACAAUCAAAUGUAGCACAUAUGGGACUUGUCUUUGUUUUAAUAAGCCAGAAAAUGUCUUGUUGAGUACUGGUACCAUAAAGUUUUAAUUGUCUACAUAUUAUAUAUUUUCUUUGGUGUAAAUAUUUAUAAAUAUGUAGAAUAAUGAAUAGCUGUUACUCUUUUCAAUACUUUUUGGAUGGGUGGUAAAUUGAUGUUUAAAGAAUUAUUUCCACUUUUUACAAAAUGUUCUAUAUUUUCAUAUGAUAUUAAAAUAUUUUGACAUACAAAAAUUAAUUUUGUUUCUGAAUGAAUAGAUAUAAUGGAAAAAAUUCCUGAUAGUUGUUUUUUUUUACUCACCAAAAAAAAUAGACAUAAAAAAUAAUAUCUAAUUUGUUGUUUCUUACAACUGUAAAGUGUGGAAUUUAAAUGUUAAGAAACAUCAAUUUAUAGAAUCAUCAUGCAUUUCCCUACAACAGUCCUGUUUACCCUUCAACUCUUAAAAUGUACCAUAUCAUCUUAAAAUUGUUCAAUACCUUAUAUUUAUAGUAAAAAAUAAACAUAACAGUAUAUAUAUUGUAUACACCUCCAAAUCGUACAUUUUAUGCCAAAAUCGUAAGAGUAAACAGGUCUGCUACAAAUUUAUUUAACAUCAUGAACUUAAGUUUAAAUUUAAUAGAAAUGUCUUUUUAAAAAAAACGAAUAAUUUAAGAAAUUUUAAGAGUUGAGCGAGUUUUUUAAUUCAAAAUUAAAAGCUUUUUUUUUUUUAAAAAUCAUAUAGAAUUUUGGGUUUUGAUAGCCGACAUUUAAAAUAUUUAAUUUAUGACAACAUGGGUUAUUUUUUACCAGUAUUAGUAUUAGGAUUCUAAAUAUACGUUAUUUUUUUUUCUAGUUUCUAUGGUUAAUUUUAAUUUCAGAAUCAGAGCCAUUCAUCCUCUACAGAUCAACAUUAUAGCCAACAAAUUCCAUGGGCGUAUCCAUAUCACUGAAGUGUCAGAUAAAGUUGAGGAGGUAUGUAAAAAUUUCUCAUAUUAAUAUUUGAGACUUUUCAAAUUAAUCUAAUAAGGAAAAGAAUUUAUUGACAUAUACUUUAAAAUAGAUAUAGUUUCAAAUGGGGAUAAUUUUAAUUGAACAAUGUAUAUUACAUUUCUGGCAUGGGAAAGAUUUAAGGCUCAGUAAAUAUCAAAUAAAUAAUACAAUUUUCAGUCCUGGUACUGCAUAACUUUCAGAAUUAUUUUAAUCGUUAAGUUCUAUUUAAUUAUUAUUGCAGGGAAAGAAUCCAUUACACAAGUUUCACCCUGAACAAAUUGUGCAGGCAAAGAUCAUUGGUCUUCGAGAUGUCAAGAAACAAAGGUUAGUUGAAGGUUACCAUGGUCUGGACAAUUUUACAUAUUUUUUCAUCUCACAAUGUAUUUUCUUUCUUAGGAUUUAAAAAAUAUGCUAUGAACUACAAAUCUAUGGAACUUAAUAUGCAUAUUAUAUAUUUUAGUUACCUGCCACUAACAAAUCCUGGAUCCAAGCGUACACUUCUUGAAUGCAGCUUGAAAGCAAGCAAGCUUUUAAACCAGUCUAACACAGAUCUCCUCAUCCCAAAACUUGAUGUUAAGGAGGGGGAUAAAGUUUUUGUUUAUGUCAUAAAGGUAUGUCCAUUGUUUAGUCGUAACUAAUAAGGUUUAGCAAUAAAAACAUUAAUUGAUUCACGACUCUUGCAUAAACAUAAGAGGAAACAGAAUGAAAUAUCUUUCAUAGCAAUGCAAUACAACUAAUGCUGUAAAUCUUAUUUUAGCUGCCAAGGAUAAAUGAACAUUACUUAUUAAAUUUAUUGGGUAGAGUGAUACAAAAAAUUCAAAUUUCCAAUAAUAAUACUUCAAUCAAUAUUUCUUCAAGGUGUCAAGCUACAGAGUUUGGGUACAAGUCAGCUUAAAUCAGCAAGGCUACAUUGACUUUUUCCAUCUGUCUCAUGAUACCAAUGUUCUCAAUGAUGUCAACACUCACUUCCAGACUGGCAACGGCUACCUUGCAACUGUUCUAGAGCAUGAAAGUGAUGAUAAACUUGUGCUCUCUUUAAUAGGUAAUUUUGGCAGUCAAUUUUUUUAACUUUUAAAAAAAAAAAAUAUGUUGUCCCAUAAACAUCAGCAAAGUAGUACUUUGUAUAUGAUGCUUAAACUUUUUUUUGAUAAUAAACAAAAUAUUUGACACAUUAAAAUAAGAUUGUUAAUUAUUUUGUUGAACAAACAAUGAAGAGGUAGGAUAGCUAUAACAUAUAAUUUAAAAUAUUAAAAUUAUAAGCAAGUUUUAAAAAAUACUAUAAUCAAUUUGAAAACAUCAGUAAAAUAUUAAAAUAAUGCCUCCACGUCUUCAAAAUAUGAAAGUCACCUGAGUUUAUCUAGUCUAACAAAAGCUUUUAUAUUUUAAACUUUAGGAGAGAAAGUGCAAGUCACCGAAGGAGAAGAUGUUAUAGCUCAGGUAACAAGUUUCAAAACUGGAAUUUGUCUCUUUGUUAAGUUAGCUGGAGGAGAGCUUGGUGUCAUCAAAGAGAAGCCUACACUGCUUCAUUAUGUUGGGCAGUAUAUUAAGUGCAGAGUUAAUAAUGUGGAAGAGGAAUCAGGCAGAUAUCUUUUGUCAACAGUUGAGAAACGGUUAGUUAAGAACUUUGUAUAUAUUAUAUAUAUUAUGAUAAGGUGUUCAAUCUAAUGACAAAAUUAAAAGAGACAAUUUGAAAGAACUGAUUGGAAAAAAAUAAGAAAUUAUUAGAUUCUGAAUCCCAGUUAGUUAAAUAUUUUUAACAUCAAAACAACUCAACAAAAAAAAAAUUAAAUUUAAUUCUCCCUAUAAAUACUUAAAAAAGAUCUGAUGUAGCAAUUACCGUAACUUAAUUUCUAAAGUGAUUUUUCAUCUCCAAAACUGUAGUGCCAGAUAUAUUUUAUUUUCCAAUAUCCUAAUAUGCUGUGCCACAAGAGCAGACAAGUAGGUGAGAAUGAAAAUGCACUUCAAUAGAGUAAGCCAUUGUGCAUUGAAAGGUACAGUAUACUUAAUAGUUUGGCAGAGUAUUAUGAAAGGUGGGCUUUUUUUUAUUUUAAAUCAGGGAACUGCCACUCAGAAGAAUGCGGAAAAGAAAAUUGUCAGUAAAUGAAGACAAAUGUAAAGUAAAGGAAAUAAUAAGACAGAAAAAGUUGUUGAAGAAAAUGAAAUCACAAGGGAAGCAAGAGAAAUCUGAUGACCAAGGAGACAGUGGCGUGGAUAUAGCCAAAAACUCUUCUGAUACAGAUGAGGAAAAUGUCACAGUUAAACACAAAGUAUGUAUUUAAAGUUUUUUUUUCUAUCAGCAGUAAACUUGCAUUAUAGAGAUUUUUAAAUAAUGCAGCUUACUUAAAAAUUUAGAGGCCGAUUUGUCAAUCUACAUACAUUUUUUAAAAUAUGGAAAUUAAAUGCUAGUUUAUAUCAAUCUUACCGAUAAGACAAAUUGGAUUGAGAGUCAGAUAAAUAACUAUAAUUCUCAUUUAAAAAUCUAAUACUCUAAUUAAAGUGUCUUAACUGUGUUUCACAUUUUAGAAAGUAGAUAGUGAAGUGCCAAGACUUGAUAUUCAAGGAUUUUCUUGGGAUGGUGAGAUAGCAAAGGAUGUGAAUGACCAUGAAAAUAUUGAUGAUGAUGAUGAGAAAGAUAAUGUAAGUAUUGCUUUUCAAAAAAUUAUCUUAAAAAUAAUUUUAUGGUCAUAGACGUCAUGAAAUUGCUUUAGAUAUUGGUUUUUAUCCAACUUACAUUUUCAGGCAAAUACUGAUGCCUCCAAGACAAAAAAGAAAAGGAAGCGCAAUGAGGAAAAAUUAAUACAAGAAGUAAGUUCUUAAAAGUAUUAAACUCUUAACUAAAAAAACAUUAACUUUUUUUAAUAUUCUCUUAUUUUAAAUAAUUUUUAAAAGUUUAACUUUAGAAAGAGCAUAGAAUUUUUCAAACUGCAGUAGCAACCUCCAAAUUUUUUUCUAGCAUUUACAUUUAUCUUCCUAAAAGAAUUUAUCAGGAUAUUAUUUUAAAUGUUUUUCAGUAUGAAAAAAGCCAAUUGGAAGGAAAAAUUGCACCCCAAAGUGCAAAUGAUUUUGAGAAACUUGUUCUUCAGUCACCUAACAGCUCUGUGAUUUGGUUACGGUUUAUGGCAUAUCAUAUUGAAUUGGGAGAGAUUGAGAAGGCCAGAGUAGUGGCUGAGAAAGCCUUAAACACAAUUACAUUUAGGUAUGUGAUUAUUAGUUACUAAUCAUAAUUAUAUUUUUUUUAAAUACUUCAAAUAUUGUAGCAAAAUGACUGCCCCUUCUUUCCCUCCCGCCCACCCACAAUUAAAAUUAACAACUCUUUAAAAGAAUGAACUCUUUGAAAUUAUAGAGAAGAACAGGAAAAAUUGAAUGUGUGGCUGGCUUACUUGAACAUGGAGACAAUGUAUGGUGAUUCUGGUGAUGUAAAGAAGCUACUAGAAAGGGCAGUGUCAUACAAUAAUCCAUUGGACAUCUACCUUAAAAUGACUGACAUCUAUGUGUCCAAUGGCAAAACAGAGGUCAGAUGAAAUCAUGUACUUUUUUUGUUUGGCUACUUCUUUAUUAUCUAAAUGAUUUAUUAGCGUACUAUUGUAAAAAAAAAUUACACUUUCUGUUUUAUCUUUUUUCAAAUUUUGCUACUUGUACAUUCAUUUUGAACUUUUUCUCUCACUACCAAUUGUGAGUUAUUUAUGAAAUAUUUUUUUUUCUGCAACUUCAGAGGCCCAGAUAACUAUUCGCUGUUAAAUUAAAUGAUCAAAAUGUUGCCUAAUACCUUUAUAGAAGCAUUAUUAUUUAUUACAUAGUUAUGCAACAAAAGGAAAGUGGCAUUACCAUUGAGGAUUAAAUGUUAUGAAUUUUCUUUGACAGGAAGCAGAACAGCUGUAUAAUUUGAUAAUUCGAAAGUAUAAGCAUGAUAAAUUGGUUUGGAAAUCAUAUGGCCAGUUUUUAUACAAGUCAGGACGAGUCCAGUUUGCAAGAAAUUUAUUGCAACGCUCUAUACAAGUUUUGGACAAAAAAAAACGUAAGUUUGUUAAUAGAUAUCACAUAAUUUAACUUAUUCUCUCUUUUUGCUGCUAAAUGCAUCUUUUGUGGUUCCUUCGCCUGCAGACCUGUUUACCCCUACACGUGAUUCUAAAAUAAACUGUAUUAUUAUUUUCAUCGUAAUCACACACACAACCCCCUCCCCCCCUUAAAUUGACCAAACUGUACUUUGCUCUUUGGAAAUGAAACUACAUUUUUGAGAGUUGGCACUAACUUGGGGUUAAACAGGUCUGCUAAUGGGCUCCAGUGUCAUCAUUUAUACACACCGCUCUCAUUUAUUUCACCAAAUCAAAAAAAUCACACAUCCCAGGAUUUCCAGAUGAGGUAAUUUUAUUCUGUGCAUUCAGUAAAGAAAAUAUUUUUUUUUCUAUAAAAUAGAAGUAUGGUUUGUCAUAUAAAUAAAUAUAUAGGCACUAUUGUACAGAUAUAUAUAAUAUAUUUAAUUUAUUACAUACCCGGUAUGUACAAUUGUGCCAAAAUUUAGAAGAAAAUUGACAUAUUUGUGGUCACUAUUUUUAUUUUUACAUUUCUUUUUGCUUUAUUGUUUAGGUUGUUUGAUUAAUAUUUAGGAACUUUUAAAAAAAACAUUUUGCUGGAAGUACUGUACUUAGGAAAUAUAUUUUGUACAUUUGGCAAUGAGUCACAUUGUGUUUGUUACCAAAAUUUACAAGUUUUAGCAUUCUGACUUUUUUUAAUGAACAUGCUCAUAAUCUUUGGAGUGAUUUGGAAAGUCUGUUGAUGAUGAAAUUCUGGUGUGGAAGCUAAUAGAAAUAUGAUAGAUGAAGUUAGAAGGGCAAGGCAUCAUGGUGCUGUGAAAGGCACUGUAUUAUAUCUUAAAAGAAAAAAGACUCCAAAAACCAUAAAGCUUACAGUUGAAAGAGCUAGACACACAGACAAAUGGUAAUAUGGAGACUAUUAUUAAGUUGCAAAAAGGAGAGCAAUAUAUUAUAAUUAAGUUUGUCAAAAAUUGUCCUUAAUUGAAUGAAUAACCACUCAGAAUGAUCUUGUCUGGCUUUUCUCCAUAUCAUCCUCUGCUCAACCAGCCAUUGUGUUUGACAUUUUGUUGGCCAUUGGUCAGUUUAUCAUUGUGAUGAAUUUUUGUUGCAAUUAAACACUUGUCAUUUGACCUUUUGUUCUUGUUGGCCUUAUGUCUACAUUCACAUUUUCAAAGGCAUUAAAAUAGUUUUUAGGGAAACAGAAUUUUUAAAAAAAAAGGACAACUUAAAGAUAUACGGUAGACUAUAGAUUUUAUUUUUCUAUUUUGGGUAUUCAUUUAUUUAAUUCACUUUUGUCUCAUUUGGUUUCUUGAAAUAAUAUUUAUUAAAAAGCUUAGCAAAAAGAAAAAUGUCAAACAUGAAAACUAGAUAGAAUUCACAAGUUUCUUUUCAAAAUAUAGGAGAAACACUGAUGGUCCAGGAUUUUUAUUUGCUUUUAUUCAUUGUAUCUUCCCUGUUGGAAAUAUGUUUAAAAAAAGCAUAUCUCAUAUCUAAUUUUACAACCUGUUUUAUUAUUUCUACCAUAUUAUUACUUGUAUAAAUAGUAUAAUAUUCUAUACUAUAUGAUAUAUAACCCUCUAUGAGACUGAGAAGCAAUAAAAAGAGCAGUAUUUUAAAAUUAUUAUUAUAUAGAUGUGGAAGUCAUUACCAGAUUUGCUAAUCUGGAAUUUACUGAUGGAGAUACAGAAAGAGGCCGUACAAUGUUUGAAAAUCUCAUUGCAAGCUAUCCAGGCAGGACUGAUUUAUGGUCAGUUUAUGUUGACAUGGUGGCCAAAGUAGGAGACAUUGAAGGUGCCAGGUAAGAGCAUCACCUUUAAAAAUAUGUUACCCUAAAUUAUGGAAGUUUACCCACUCUCAACUCUCAGCAAGCAGUGAGAAGAAUUUUGCUGUUAUAGGUUACUAGCCGAUAUACUCGGCGUGGCCCAAGAUUGCGUUGGACCCCCGAUCCCAUUUCUUACACCGAUCUCGGCGCAGUCCCAUUUGCCGGUGUGAUCCCGAUCCCGGUUGAUCCACUCACUGUUAGGAUCCCCAUCUCGGUGGGAUCCCGUUUUCUGCUGGGAUCCUGAUCCCAUUGGGAUAAAGAUUAUGAUGGGAUCCCAACCCCUUUGUUUCAAUUCCGAAUAUAAAAAAUUACUCAGUGUUACUGAGAGAAAAGUAAACUCCGGGGCAGUAUAGAAAUGAAUAGAACUAACUAACAUUUCAAUAUUCCCUUAGAUCCCACUACAUAUCCUUUUGGAACAAUUUAGAACGUUCUGGAACAUUCUAGAUUAAAAUUAAAAAACCUGCUCGAAACCUGUGUAAAAACUACUUAUCUAAUUAUUUUUCAAAUACGAUAAAAAUCUUCAACAAAUGCCAUAAUUAUAAUCCUUUUUCUUAUAAGUUAAUCGAGGGGCCCCGGGGGGCCCAUACCAUCACUGUACCGAUAUAGCUAUAUCUGAGGUAGGGGGCCCUAUAAAAUCAGACAGAUAAAUAAUAAAGUUAGAAUUUAAAAUUUGUCCCCAAAAAAUCUUCUUAAAAAUGCCAUAGAUAAAGUUUUUUAAAAUUAUGGAAGUUUCUGGAAAAUUCUAGAUUGGAUAUUAUUAGUUUUAAAUCCACCGAUAUAUCAAUACAGCCAAUGAAGGGUAUUGCUACAACGCUAGGCCUAUAUCCAUCAAUUCCCAUAGAAACUAUAGUGUUGUCUAAGCCUAUUGAUAUUUAUUUACCUUAUAUAAGGAAAAAAUAACUGGGCGGCCCGGGCCCUGAGAAAUGGAUAUUAAUGAGUUCUGUACCCUUCAAUAUUUGAAUAUGGAUAAUAAAGUAUAUGUGUACUAAGUUUGGUCAAGAUCCAUCUACUCAUGUAGGAGUAUUUGUUUCUAAUUAUUUUUAUAUAGCUCAUAUUAGGAAAAAAACGAAUUCGGGGCCCCCGGCCCAAAACGGAAAGUUAUAAAAUGUUCAUAACCCCUUAAGAUUUCCCUUUGGAUAAUGAUGGAGUUAUGUGUCAAGUUUGGUCAAGAUCCAUCAAUCCUUGUAAAAGCCUUUGUGGAACAAACAAAGCCACAAACCCACAAAUCCACAAACUUUCACCUUUAUAUAUAUAUAUGAUAAGCCUUGAAAAUGUCACAGUUAAUAAAAAUCAUUCUGUUCUUACUUUUUUAUUAAUUACUUAAAGAGUUUAAAAUCUCCGAGACUGUUUUUACAGGUCUAUAUUGUGUUGUUUUCAGACUAAUUCUGGAGCGAGCAGUGAAACAGAAGCUGAAUGCUAAGAAGUUGUCUUUCCUAAUCCAAAAAUUCAUGAGGUUUGAAGAGACCCAUGGCACUGAAGACCAGGUCCAACGAAUCAAGGACUUAGCCCUAACAUUAUUAGAUUCUUGAUAUAUUUCUUGAUAUAGGCAUCAAGUGCUUUUAUUGUAAAUUGGAAAGUUGAUAAAAAAAAUUAAAAACCCAUAACAUAUUGUGGGCAUAGUUAAGAUAACAUAUUGUGGGCAUAGAUAAGAUAACAUAUUGUGGGCAUAGUUAAGAUAACAUAUUGUGGGCAUAGUUAAGAUGCUUUUGAGAUCAAUAUAAACUGCAUGUGUUGAUUGAAUUAUUUGACUAAAUGAGUUAUUAAGUGAAGCAAAUAUACUAAAAAAUUAAGGUUGCAUUUAAUAAAUUAUUUAUGCAAUUUUCAGUAUAGUUUUGACAGUAAAUUUCCAUGAAUUACUUUAAAAAUGGAUCUAUUUUAUGUAAUUUAUUCACUAUGAAAUUAAAAUAAACAUUACAAUUUUAUUGA